AGUCCUCACAGCGGAGGCCAAACUGAAUGGCCCCAAGGUAGCCACUUUCGGCCCCUCGGCCACUUCCCCGGCCUCACGCCCUAGGAAACAGCCCCUCAGGCACCGCACUACCCGCCGCCGACCUCCUAUUCCAGGCCCUUCCGGGAGUCGCCGCCCUUUGCCCCCGGAAGUAGGCGGGAGAGGAAGCAGCUGGUGAUGCUGGAACAACAUGGCUGUCCCGGCGCCAGUCGGCCCCUCGGGCUCCCGCUGUCCUCCGCUGGUCGCCGGCGUCCGGCUGCUCCCACUGCUGGGGCUGCUGCAGCUGCUGGCUCAGCCCGGCCUGGGCCGCGUCCACCACCUGGCGCUCAAGGACGAUGUGAGGCAUAAGGUUCACCUGAACACCUUUGGAUUCUUCAAGGACGGGUACAUGGUGGUUAAUGUUAGCAGCCUUUCCGUAAAUGACCCUGCGGGAGCCACAGACAAGGACACAACCAUUGGAUUCAGCCUGGACCGCACAAAGAAUGACGGAUUUUCUUCUUAUCUGGAUGAAGAUGUGAAUUACUGUAUUUUAAAAAAGCAGUCUGUCUCUGUCACCCUUCUAAUCCUAGACAUCUCCAGAAGUGAGGUGAGAGUAAAAGCCCCACCAGAAGCUGGUACGCAGUUACCAAAGAUCAUCUUCAGCAAGGAUGAGAAGGUCCUCGGCCAGAGCCAGGAGCCCGGGGCUAACCCUGUUUCAGCGGGCAACCAGACUCAGCCAAAACAAGACAGUGGAAAAUCUAAAAGAAGCACAGUAGAUUCAAAGGCAACGGGAGAAAAAUCCUUUUCUGUUCACAAUAGUGAUGGGGCAGUUUCUUUUCAGUUUUUCUUUAACAUCAGCACCAAUGACCAAGAAGGCCUCUACAGUCUUUAUUUCCAUAAAUGCUCUGGGAACGAAGUGCGGUCUGGCGACAAGUUUUCCUUCAGUCUUGAUAUUGAGAUCACAGAGAAGAACCCUGACAGCUACCUCUCCGCAGGAGAGAUCCCCCUCCCUAAAUUAUACAUUUCUAUGGCCUUUUUCUUUUUCCUUUCUGGGACCAUCUGGAUUCACAUCCUUCGAAAACGAAGGAAUGACGUAUUUAAAAUUCACUGGUUGAUGGCGGCCCUUCCUUUCACGAAGUCUCUUUCCUUGGUGUUCCACGCGAUCGACUACCACUACAUCUCGUCCCAGGGCUUUCCCAUCGAGGGUUGGGCUGUUGUGUACUACAUCACUCACCUCUUGAAAGGGGCACUCCUGUUCAUCACCAUCGCGCUCAUCGGCACGGGCUGGGCUUUCAUUAAGCACAUCCUUUCCGAUAAAGACAAAAAGAUCUUCAUGAUCGUCAUCCCGCUCCAGGUUCUGGCGAACGUUGCCUACAUCAUCAUAGAGUCCACUGAGGAGGGGACUACGGAGUAUGGCUUGUGGAAGGAUUCUCUGUUUUUGGUAGACCUGCUGUGCUGUGGAGCCAUCCUCUUUCCAGUGGUGUGGUCAAUCAGGCAUUUACAAGAAGCAUCAGCGACAGAUGGAAAAGCUGCUAUUAAUUUAGCAAAGCUGAAACUUUUCAGACACUAUUACGUCUUGAUCGUGUGUUACAUAUACUUCACCAGGAUCAUCGCAUUCCUCCUCAAGCUCGCCGUUCCGUUCCAGUGGAAAUGGCUCUACCAGCUCCUGGACGAAAUGGCCACGCUGGUAUUCUUUGUUCUAACGGGCUGUAAAUUCCGUCCGGCUUCAGAUAACCCCUACCUACAGCUUUCUCAGGAGGAUGACCUGGAAAUGGAAUCCGUCAGAAGGAAAUGGACACUUGAGCCGCAGGCUGUCUUACUCAGUUUGAAGUACAGUGUCUGCCAAGAUCGCUCCGCCUUUGCAGGGGAAGUAGAACCGGCCCUCCGAUUAAGCAUCCCCCAGCGUCGUUGGCACCUGCUUCCAGUGAGCCGGUGAGUGACGACAUCAGGGGUGAUGGAGAACAUGAAGAAAGUCAAGAAGGUGACCAACGGCGCGGUGGAACCCCAGGGCGACUGGGAGGGCACCGCGUGACGGAGCAGCCUCAGGGCUGGGACUGUCCAAGAGAACCUCUAAUUUAUUAAUUGUCCUAGUGGUGAGCAGGAGCACUUGGCACCUCCCGACAGUGACACCACAGAGCACACAGCUGGGAACAAAGUGCCACGGAAACCUAAUUUUCUACUCUCUUUUAUGGAAACUGGAUCUGUGGCUGGUUAUGGGCAGCUAGAAUUCUCUUUCAGGUGGGAAUGGUGGGGAGGACGUGUAGACAGGAGGAGGAUAAGAGGAAGACUUUGUUUGUAGUUUCUAUUUCUUUCUUUUUCUUACUUGGGAACUCUCCAGAAAGACGCAGUUGUGCCCCCCAGUGUGUGGCAGCAGGGAGAGGAGUGUUGGUGGACGGGGAGGGAGGGCAGCGGCGCGAGGCUGGGGCCAGUCCCGGCUCGGGAAUGAGGCCGCAGGAAAUGAGCAGGGGCUGAGGCAGGAUACAGGGACUUAGAAGAGAGACGGAACUCACCAUGGCAUCUUUGGUUCACAAAAAUGAAUGAAAUUAGGUUAUUUUAGAAGGCAACGUCAAAACCCAGUUUAGUGUACAGAGCCUGCCGCAGGGUUCCUGGCCCAGAGUGUUGCCCCAGACCUUGACCCCAGACUCUUUGUGACCAGGAACCAGCAGCUCCAGAGGCCCGGCUGUCUUCUUCCCAGAAGGGCUGUGUCAUCUGGGGGCCAAGCGUCCCUGUCAGAGUCACGGCUCCGGAACCAUGGUGGGAAGUGCUUUUCUUGAUUGAAGUGGAUGUGGUGUUGUCUAACGGAUGGACAGAAGUAUACGUUUAAGCUCAGAAAGCGUUAUCCAGUAGGAUUCCCUCAAACAUCUGGCUCCCCUGACUGUCCAGAGCAGGACCACCUCCUCCUUCUCUUGCUGUGGCUGUGUCUGUUUCGUGUAAUCAAAAUAUGGGGAGAAAUGGGAAGGAGUUUUCCUUAAAGGAGCAGCUGGGGGCAGACAAGGUAGUGUUUAAGCAGAUAUUUAAGUACAAGCAAAAAUCAUCAUCACUAAAAAGUUUUUCCUAUAAACCAGGUAGGCUUUCUGGCAGGAAUGAAACAGACCUCGUCCCCAUCUCCCCGGAGCAUGCCUGCCAGGAGAGCAGGUGUGUUGAACAGCUUUUCUCUCUGGGGCUGGGGAAUGGCGAGCUCUUUCUCGGAGACUCAGCAGAGCGCCCUUCCAAACUCUCCGAGCCUGGAGAGGAGCACGGGCAGCCGCCUCAGGGGAGCAGUGGUACAGCUGGUAGUGAAGUCCUUUCGAUGGUGGGAUGAGCUCAGAAGGUCCACUGUGGCCCCGGGGUGGAGGUGGGUGGUAAUCCCCCACCAGAGUGAUGGUGGCCCAGACCUGAACCCAGAGGCUGAACCGUGGUCUUGUUGGAAACGUUUCCGAGGGUGCCAGGAGCCUGCACCUGCCUGGGCCUGGGGCUGGGGGUGGACAGCCGUCUCUGGAGGUGGUUUUCUCCCCUCCCUGGCUUGAAAGCGUCCUUCAGAAACUGCAGAAUUCAGAGGGUGGCCCUCAGCUCCCCAGGUUCACCAACUGAAGAGUCUGUCCUCAGUUGUCCUUCUCCUGUCCUCUUUGUUCCGGACGAAGGGAGCAGGAGAACGUCCUCUUCAUGCACUUUGCUUAGCCUUCGGUGUUCUGCGCAGCCCUUCCCGCACAAAGGCUCCGUCCUGGCUGGGCAUGGGGUGUGAGCUGGAAUCUUCUGUCUUCUGAGGCCGCUGCUGCUCGCCUUGCCGCAGAUUUGAGGGCAGGAAUCAUGUGUCUCCCCAGUUUGAGGAGCAAGGAAAUUUGCCCUAAGUAUUUAUUUAAGGGACCGCUUCUUUGUCUUUCUGUCUUCUUUCCUUCUGUUUUCUUCGAUGGGGGCUACGUGAUCGGGGAAGGAGGUCUCAGGGAGGACGGGAAUGUUAAGACUGUUUUCCUGGCGUAAACACAGUCCUAGUACUUCCAAAAUGUGUCUCAUACUGUGAUCAAACCCCCCUCGGUGCGUUCCUCAGAGGGACGCCUUUGCCGUUGGUCCUGCGAGCAGAUAUUCUCGACUGGUCCCCAGACUUCUUGCUGAGAUCCAGAAGCGUGAUGAACCGCCCCCCCCGGAAAGGGUCCCUGCGGAGGUGUCCUCCAUCCACUUGCUGGAAGCCAGGGAGCGAAGGAGCCCGGGAGGAGGAGAACGCGUUGGGGCAGCUCUGACCUGACUGCCCUCCCCGAGCCGGCCGUGGCUCCCACCUUCCUCUGCCAGAGCCUCGAGCCUCGGUAGCCAUGCGAGGUCGGGAGCCAGAGCGUCGGGCUCCUGGUGCCACAUGUGCGCCUCAGGGCUCAGGCGCACAGUGGCUGAGGGGCCGCAGGAUGGCCGCGACCCUUCUGAACGGGAGGGUGCAGGCCAGAUGAGGUCAUGAUGUAGGAGUAAACGCUAACGAGUCUGCCCAAGUCCUGUAUUGUAACUGGCAGGAGGUUCGAAGUGAGGCCCAGUGAUCAAGAAAAAUCAAAACCCCAGCCCCAGUUUGGGAAAACUGGUUUUCCCACAUUUGUACAGGUUGUUAGAGCUCUCCUUCCUGUUCUGUAAAAAUGUCUUCCCGGUGUCCAUCAUCUGGGCACUGUGGCCCGCCCUCAGCUCUCCUCCCGAGCAGAGAUGACUGCGGGGGUCCGAAGCCAGCUGGUCGCCCCGGUCCUUCCAGCAGCCCACGUGGUGCAUCGGGAGGCAGAGCUCCUGCAGCUGAACCAGCGUUUUGGGGCCCCGGGCAGGAAGGCUCGGGUGCACGUCCGAGAGCGAUGGGCAGUAUUUAUAGCUUUGCCUUAUGCUCCUGCUCCCCGUUUCUGCUUCUGCAGGGUUGCCCUGCUUCCUUUGAGAAAGCUGCUCUGGACCGCCCAGGUGGCCGACUGCCAGCUUUGAGGAAGGAAAGGGUCUGUUGUCCCGUAAUAAAGUGUCUAUGUUUUGCUAGAAAAUUACUACUUAGCAGGAACAACCAUCGAUCUCUUCAUCCUGGCUUCUAACAGUGGCCAAAGACGCCAUCAGCCUGUUUCUUAGGUUCCUUGAUGCUUUAAAAUUUCAGUAGCCACGUGUCGAACCUGCUGACUCCAGCUCCGGACUAGUGGCCCCUUCUCCCAUCAGGAGGUGCUUACUCCAGUGUGAAAGAUGGCUUCCCCUAUCAGAGCCUGAGUCAGUUCCGUUUUCUUCCAAGAAAUCACUUUGGAGUAAAAUGUCCAGGCGUGGUUUCUCCCGGACACAUCUGGGCAGCCCCGCAGCACUGCCUCUUCGUGCUCCGAGUGCCUGUCCUGGCGCGCUUCCUGCUCCUGCGUUGUGAGCUCCACGGGAUGGCUGCUCCCUCUUGUUCCACUACCUGCCUCCCCCAGCCGCUCCUCCUCCCCCCUCCUCCUCUCCCUCCUCCUCCUGCUCCUCCUUAGCCCACAUGGGCUCCGUCUGGGACUGGAGGCCGAAAGCUUGGUGCACUGCAGCAUUUUCCCCCGGUAGCCGUGUGACAGAUGUACUUUCUAAGCCAAGGAGAAUUUUCUCGAGAGUGUACAUACUGAUGCUGCACGUUGCGCCUUGGGCCCUCGCACACCAGUGUGUUCUGGUUUAAUACUUAAGAGACUGUAACCAGGAGCCAGUCCUUACGGACCAAGAAGAGUGUGAAAGAUCCCCAUUUGACUUGCCAGUGGCAUCCUGGCCACCUCCCACAGCCGGAGGCAUCUUCUCCCCAGGAAGGCUCUUAGAACAUUAGAGGGUCUGAUGAAGGGGUUAGCACUGCUCCCUGCACUCCGUGGGACAGCAGGACCAUUCCUGCUGACCCGCUGCUGGAUUUCAAGGGAAGCCCAUCCCAGCCCCCUCCUUGCCCCACACUCCACAAUCACCCCCUUUGCUUUCCUCUGACCCACCCUGGUCUUCUAACAGAUUGAGAAUGUGCUUGGUCUCCAGUGCCCGUGGCUGCUACCUGUCUCUCCUGUUCAGGAUUCAGUCAGUAAAUGAGAAGCUUCCCCACUAAAGAAUUUAGGCUUUGACUUGGUACUUCUUGGUAUGCCAAGAAGGCAUUCAUCUGGAACAUGCCAUAUGUUCCAAAAGAUUGCUCUUGACUCCAGGUUUCUUCCUCCAGGGUGCUGGGGGCCCACCUGAGUUGAUGCUAAUACUUGUCCCACCUGCAGUGUGGUUAUCGAUCAGUGAACUGAACACUCCAGCUUUCCCCAGGGCCUGUACUCUACCCUGUGCCCCCUCUGGAUAGCUUAUUCUUGAAAAAUGUUUCUCGGUAUCUCUCUGUUAGGGCGUGGGACAUGCGCAUCCCCUGAACCCCUGUGUGAGGAAGGCAGCCCGGCCGAGAGAGGGACUAGGUGGUGUGGGAGCCAGGAUCUGGUCGUGUCACACAGGGACUGUUGGAAUUCCGGGGGUAGGAAGUCUGCAGGCAGGCCAUUGGGGAAGAAGGAGUUCUGGACAAAUUAAGGGUUGAAGUGAGACAGAAAAGCUCACUCAGUUCAAGACAGCUCAUUCUAGGGCCAUCUUUGAGGUUGUGCAGUGGACAGCCAAAUCAGAUGGGGGUGGGGGGCAGCAGGGCAGCCUUCUUAGCAUUUCGGAUACUUAAUACAAAAGGAUCCCCAAAUCCCGGCCAAACGGGGGGGGGGGCACUUCUUGGCGCCUUAAGCAGCUUUUCCCCCCAUAAAUUGGAUUUGCCUGGUCAUGUGACCUCAAAAGAAGUCAGACACAUUUAAUCCAGAAAUAAGUUUCAUUUGGGGGAGAAAAUGUCUGUAAAUAUCAUUUGCUUUCCAUGUUAGAUUGGGAUGCAGGAGUUUUCAGUAUUUCUUUUUUUUUUUUUUAACAUUAAUGAUCACUGAAGGGUAUUUAUGUAAACAUGUACUGGGUGGGGCUUCCAAUCAGGGUGAGGUGUGGGCUGCAUUCUCUCGCUGUGAUGCAGACAUGUAAAAUAAAGAUUCUCUGACGGAAAUGGAUGUUUGUAAUCCUGUAGGGAGUCACCGACUCCGGGCUGCUGUCUCUCUUCCUCCUGCUCGUCAUUUUUCCCUUUGUGAUUCUUGUUCAUUAAAUUAGUUAACUGCC